AUGUCGCGAGCAAGCUCAAUAGCUCCAGCCGACGCCGUCGCCGCUGCAAUGGACGAUGGCAAAAAGCAUCUCCUCCUAGCUGCGAGUGGAUCUGUCGCAACUAUUAAACUCCCCAACAUAAUCUCCGCUCUCUCAAAACACCAUAACCUAUCCAUCAGAGUGAUCCUGACCAAAUCCGCCGCACACUUUCUCAACGGCCAAUCCCAAGAACAACCCACCAUCGAAUCGCUCGCUUCCCUCCCCAACAUCGACGGAAUAUACCAGGAUAAGGACGAAAUGGGAGAAUCCUGGACUCGCGGCGCGGGUAUCCUGCAUAUCAAUCUACGCAAGUGGGCACAUAUACUGGUCAUCGCGCCGCUGAGCGCGAAUACGCUGGCGAAGAUUGUCCACGGGAUGUCAGAUAACUUGUUGACGGAUACAAUUCGGGCUUGGGAUACGUCGGGGCAGUUGGAUGGAAUGAAGAAGCGGAUUGUGGUGUUUCCGGCUAUGAAUGUGGCUAUGUGGUUGCAUCCGGUUACCACGCAACAAAUAAAAGUUCUCGAGGAAGAUUGGGGGGUGAAGGAUGAGGGAGACGAGGAUAAGGAUAAUCAGGGCUGGUUUGAAGUUUUUAGCCCUAUUGGGAAAAUGCUCGCUUGUGGAGACAUCGGAAUUGGAGGCAUGCGAGAAUGGACUGAAGUGGUUUCUAUCAUUGAAGAGAGGUUGGCUCUCACUACCUGA